ACGGCUAACCUAACCAUGAAUAUAUAUUCUAGGGUGAACUAGGUGACUGUUGGCUGCUAGCUGCUAUGGCUAACCUAACCAUGAAUAAGAAAGUAAGAUCAAGAGUUAUCCCUCUAGAUCAAAGCUUCUCAGAGGAGUAUGCAGGAAUAUUUCAUUUCAAAUUCUGGCAGUAUGGAGAGUGGGUGGACGUGGUUAUAGACGACUAUCUACCAACUAGAAACGGUAAACUCGUGUUUAUGCAGUCUGACUCAAAGAACGAGUUCUGGAGCGCCCUCUUCGAAAAGGCCUACGCCAAGCUGCACGGGUCCUACGAGUCCCUGAAGGGAGGAACCACCCUCGAGGCCAUGGUUGAUUUUACCGGAGGCUGCACAGAGAUGUUUGAUCUGAAUCAGCCUCCAAAGGAUCUUUUUAACAUUUUGAUUAAGGCUUUUCAACGCUGCUCCUUGAUGGGAUGCUCACUUGAACCUGAUCCAGGUGUAACCGAGGCUAGAACAUCAGUUGGCCUCGUCAGAGGUCAUGCUUAUAGUAUAACUAAGGUCGUGAAGGCUAAGAUUAAGACUCCCCGUGUAUCUGGAGAAAUUCCCCUGGUUCGGAUACGGAACCCCUGGGGAAAUGAGGCGGAGUGGAACGGAGCCUGGUCUGACGGGUCCCCGGAGUGGAGAUACGUCCCGGAUGAGGAGAAGGAGAAUCUCGGACUUAAUUUCGAGGAUGAUGGAGAGUUCUGGAUGUCAUUCAAGGAUUUUCUCAAAUAUUUUGAUCAGCUGGAGAUUUGUAAUCUGAGUCCUGAUGCUCUGGAUGAUGAGAAUAACUUCAAGUGGGAGGUUUCAAGCUUCCCUGGUGCCUGGAUACCCGGAGAGACUGCCGGGGGAUGCAGGAACCAUAUUGAGACAUUCGCCUCCAAUCCUCAAUACAUGAUCAGUCUAGAGGAUCCGGACGAAGACGACGAAAACAACAAAUGCACCGUAAUCAUCAAUCUUAUGCAGAAAGGAAGACGACAAAUGCGUGACGAAGGCUUGGAUUUACUUACAAUAGGAUUCUGUAUUUAUCAUCUGAAAUCUGCCCCUGAUGGAAGAUGUGAUACAGCUUUCUUCAAGUACAAUGCGUCCUGUGCCCGGAGUAAGACGUUUAUCAACCUGCGUGAGAUGAGCGCUAGGUUUAAACUACCACCUGGAGCAUAUGUAAUAAUUCCAUCAACCUUCAGUCCUGACCAGGGCGGAGAGUUUCUGCUCCGGGUGUUUACGGAGAAACCAAACAACGGAGCGGAUUUCUAAAAAUGAGGUAGAUGGAUCUAAGAGAGCUGAGACAGCAGAGACAUUUGAUAUAUGUUGUAUAUUAAUCAAAGUACAGAUCACUUUAAUAGCUUUAUGUUUUGUAUGCAGACAAAAUUAUUGUAAUAUUGACGUAAUUAACUAUUAUAUCUAUUAACAAAUUUUAUAAUCCUUAUUACAACUACUUUACUGCA